GGGGUUAAACAGUCCAAGCUUGCUGGCAUCCAUGAUGCCAUCGCGCGCCGCCGGCGAUGCCGUCACCAACCAGGAAUUGGAGCGCCAGCUGAAGCAGCUGCUGCGCCAUGUGGAUAAUCACUUCGCCGCUCAAGGGAAGAUGCUGAGCCAACUUCGCGAAUCGCAGAUCAUGGAGGGCUCCAACGUGGUCCCCGUACCGCUGGAGGAUCUGGGCAGCCCAAAGCGGAGCAAUUUCCAGCCGCUCGAAAGGGUCGAGAGCGAGCUUGGGGAUGACCGCUCGCAGAUCAGCGAGCAGGAAACGCCGGCGGUCAGUAUGAGCCCACAGGAGUUUCAGACACUCGCGUCCAAGAGCAACUCGCUGCUCGCAUCGCCUACCCCCAUUUGGGGUACCGGCUCGAUGGACACCUUUGUGACCCAGGCAAUGAAUCGACAGACGGAGGCAGCAACCGAAGUUGCGCGCCGUGUGACUGAGCAGAAGCUGAGCAGCGUGAACCCAAGAGGAUUCCAGGUCCAAAUUCCUCCAAAUUGGGCCAGCAAGAUCAUUUCUUCGUCUGCAUUCGUGUACUUCAUCAGCGUAGUGAUCAUUAUCAACAUGGUCCUCUUGGGCUUUGAGGUGGACAUGGCCGCAGCCAUUGGUCAGGAGCAGGUCCCGGCAUGGUUCGGCGUGCUGAAUGCCGUGGCCGUGGGCAUUUUCUUGGCCGAGUUGAUGCUGAUGUUCGCGGCCCAUGGAUGUAGGCGAUUCUUUUGCGGCCCGAACAUGAUGUGGAAUAUCUUCGAUUUCGUCAUUAUUGGCAUUGCCAUUCUGGAAACAACCGCCGAGCUUUGGCAGCAGACCGCAAAUCAGGUGAGUACGGCACAGGUGCGGGUCAUUCGCGCCGUCCGCUUGCUGCGGGCUUUUCGCAGCAUGCGGCUGGUGCGGCUGCUGCGGUACGUUGGCGCCCUCCGCACCUUGGUCUUGUCCAUCAUGAGCAGCAUCGCGUCACUGGUGUGGACACUGGUGCUGCUAAUAUUGCUCUUCUAUGUGUUCGGUGUCAUCUUUACCCAGCUUAUAUCGGAUCACUGUAGAUAUGAGGCGGGCUUUAGCUCGAUGUCUGAGUGUGAUCCUAUGGUGGCGAGAUUUUGGCCCAGCUUGCCGGGGAGCAUGCUGACGCUUUACAUGAUCAUCUCUGGUGGCACCAACUGGGAGGAUCCUUUCAGCCCACUGUACGAAGUUUCUGGAGUUGCCGUCGCGUGCCUAAUCCUCUAUGUCACCAUUGCAGUGCUGGCAAUUGUGAACGUUGUUACGGGGGUGUUCUGUGCGACGGCCCUGGAGUCUGCUUCUGCUGACAAGGAAAUCGCCACCAUGAGGCAGCUUCAGCGGAAGAACGCUCAGGUGGAAGACUUGAAGAAAGCAUUCAUUGAAAUCCAGGACCACGAGUCCAAUUUGGUGAACUUUGAGGACUUCAAACGCGCAAUGUCCUCGGUGCAGAUGGCGAACUUCCUGGAGUCCAUGUCCAUCUCCACCGAGGACAUUGCAACCCUCUUCACCAUCAUGGACAAUGACCAGAGUGGGCUCAUUGAUCUCGAGGAGUUCGUUCAAGGCUGUAUGCAGCUGCACGGUCCCGCUAAGAGCCUGCAACUGGCUCGCAUGAGCUUCGAGAACAAGAUCACCCGGCAGGCCAUCAAAGCAGUGGCUGCGGGGGUGAGCGCGAUGCAUGCGCAACUGUUCAAGAUGACGAUGCAGAUGCAAGAGCUGCAAGAGCCUGUACUUGCCUUGUGAGGACGCUGAUGCCAAAGCGCACUCUCUCCACAAUUCGUACAAGUAUAUGAUUGCAUGUGUCUGUGCAUGUGCCAUUUACUUCCUCUUUCUUCCAUUACGCCUGGCACACUCAAUAUUUUCCCUCGGCAGAGCCAGUAGCAAUAUACUGGCUUGUAAUUACAUGUCUUCCGUCAAAUGACGAGGGCAGAUUCGCCGAAAGAUGCUCUAUGCUUGGAAACGAUUUAAAGCGAUGCCCUAGAAUGGGUUUGUGCUGAUCGCAUGCCGCUGAAA